AUGUCGCCUUUGGUAGUGACGCUCUUUCUUGGUGCUCCCGUUGUAUUACUUGCUCUGGCCUUCCUGCGGAGCACAGUACUAUCAAAGUACCUCGACAACCCUCACGAGAAGAGACAAGCCUGUCGAGGCUGGCAAGGACACAGCCAUCGUGCCAGAUACCACCACAACCACCACGCCAGAAACAAAGGCGCCGGCGCUGCAUACGACGCCGCAACAGGCACCGCUACAGCCCAUGAGGGCGAGCGACACCACAAGGGCCACGACCUGCCCGCCCACGGUCACAACCCAUCGACCCAGACUGGCGUGAAGCCCAACGAGGAUCUCGCGCUGCAUUUCUCCCACGAGCACCAGCACGACCACAUGCACCACGGCCAAAGCUCGCUCGCCGGCCGUCACGACGACAUUCUCUAUGCCCGCGGCACAACGGCCGACCAGCACAUUUCCCAUCAAGACCACAGUCACACGGUCUCCCACCACCAAAAACACGCCGCCGUCGAUACCAAAGACGCCGCGUACUCGGAGACCGACGCCGAGAAGGGCGAGCUGGGCACCUCCCCUACCAAAGUCUCGACCAACGAGACCGAAGACGGACGCCGCCACCGCUUCAGCCGCUUCUACCGCAAAUACAAGAUCUUCUUCCAUCUCUUCAUCUGGCUUUUCUUCACCGCCUGGUGGAUCGCUGGUCUGGUCCUGCACCGCGACGACCUCGGCUGGCUGAUUCCCUUCCUCUUGUACCUCGCCAUCACGCUCCGCAUCAUCACCCUCUGGGUCCCCAUCACCUACGUCACACGCCCUAUGCACUGGACCUGGAACCAGACCGGCGUGCGCGUCUACAACCUGAUCCCAGAGAAGUUCCGUCUUUGGGCUGCCGCCCUCGUCACCAUCGCCGUCUUCCUCGUCGGCAGCAUGGUUUCCGAGGAAUCCGCCAACAACACCCGCGGCAACCGCGCCAUCUCACUCGUCGGCCUGGGUCUGCUGAUCGCCGUUCUCUACGCGACCUCCCGCAACCGCAGCAAGAUCCGAUGGCACACCGUCAUCGGCGGCAUGCUGACUCAAUUCAUCAUCUCGGUCUUCGUGCUCCGCACUGACGCAGGUUACGACAUCUUCAACUUCAUCUCGUACCUCGCGCGCCAGUUGUUGGGCUUCGCUCAGCAAGGCACCUCCUUCCUCACCACAGAGGAUGUCGCUUCCCUGCCGUGGUUCCUGAUCGGUGUCAUCCCACCCAUCAUCUUCUUCGUGGCCCUCGUCCAACUGCUCUACUACUCUGGCAUCCUGCAAUGGUUCAUUGGAAAAUUCGCCGUCUUCUUCUUCUGGUCUCUGCGCGUCUCUGGCGCCGAGGCUGUCGUUGCGGCCGCUACCCCGUUUAUAGGACAGGGCGAGUCUGCUAUGUUGAUCCGGCCGUUUGUGCCGCAUUUGACUAUGGCGGAGAUCCACCAGGUUAUGACUUCGGGGUUUGCUACCAUUGCGGGCUCUGUGUUGGUGGCUUAUAUCGGGCUGGGCCUGAAUCCUCAGGCUCUGGUAUCCAGCUGCAUCAUGUCCAUCCCGGCCUCCCUCGCUGUCAGCAAGAUGCGCUACCCCGAGACUGAAGAGACUAUCACCUCUGGCCGCGUGGUUGUGCCGGAUGAUGAUGAGCAUAAGUCGACUAACGCGCUGCACGCUUUCGCCAAUGGCGCGUGGUUGGGUAUCAAGAUUGCCGGCAUGAUCGUCGCUACUCUGCUCUGCAUUAUCGCCUUCAUCGGUCUGAUCAAUGGAUUGUUGGGCUGGUGGGGUCGGUAUCUGAACAUCACGGAUGACGGCAAGCCGUAUCUGACGCUGCAGUUGCUGUUGGGGUAUAUCAUGUACCCCGUGGCGUUCUUCUUGGGUGUGCCGAGAGGCGAGCUGCUGGAGGUGGCAGAACUCAUUGGCGUGAAGAUCAUCGCCAACGAAUUCGUUGCGUACAACUCGCUUGUCAACGAGCCGAGAUACAGUGGUUUGAGCCCGCGGAGUCAGUUGAUUGCUACUUAUGCGCUUUGCGGAUUCGGCAACUUCGGCUCCCUAGGCACGCAAAUCGGUGUCUUGUCCCAGAUCGCGCCCUCGCGUGCGGGUGAUGUCUCGACGGUGGCGCUGUCGGCGCUGUUCAGCGGUGUUAUCUCCACGUUGACCAGUGCUAGUGUGGCGGGCAUGUUGAUUACUAGUGAGCGGAUUGAGACUACGACUGGUAGUUCUUAG